CGCCGAGCCGGGGGAGGGACGCAGAGACGCCAUUUUCGGCGGCGGGAGCAGUGGAGCCGGAGCCGGCGGGGCGGCGGCUGUGAGGAGGAGCCGCGGGGCACAGCGCGCGUGGGCGGCCGAGGAUGCUGCGGGGCGGCCGCGCCGGCGCCCCUCGCUUGUGACCGCGGCGCCGCACCUGAGGCGGCCGAGGCGACAGCCCCGGCGGUCCCGCUCGGCGCACGCGCCCGCGGCCUCCCGGUGCUGACAGCGCGAGCGCGCGACCCCGCGGGAGCAGCACGGUGAGUCGGCGGCGGGCCCGGGUCCUCCGGCCGCACCCGUGUCGCUUCCCGCCCCUGGCGCCUCCCGGCCCCUCUCCGGCCCUCGGGCUUCCAGCAGAAUGUAUGACAACAUGUCCACAAUGGUGUACAUAAAGGAAGACAAGUUGGAGAAGCUUACGCAGGAUGAAAUUAUUUCUAAGACAAAGCAAGUAAUUCAGGGCCUGGAGGCUCUGAAGAAUGAGCACAAUUCCAUUUUACAAAGUUUACUGGAGACACUAAAGUGUUUGAAGAAAGAUGACGAAAGUAAUCUGGUGGAAGAGAAAUCAAACAUGAUCCGAAAGUCACUGGAAAUGUUGGAGCUUGGCCUGAGUGAGGCACAGGUUAUGAUGGCUCUGUCAAAUCACCUGAAUGCCGUCGAGUCGGAGAAGCAGAAGCUGCGUGCACAGGUUCGUCGUCUGUGCCAGGAGAAUCAGUGGCUGCGGGAUGAAUUGGCCAACACGCAGCAGAAAUUGCAGAAGAGUGAGCAGUCUGUGGCUCAACUGGAGGAAGAAAAGAAGCAUCUGGAAUUCAUGAAUCAGCUAAAAAAAUACGAUGAUGACAUUUCUCCAUCAGAGGACAAAGACACUGAUUCCACCAAAGAACCUCUGGAUGACCUCUUCCCAAAUGAUGAUGACGACCCCGGUCAAGGAAUGCAGCAGCAGCAGAGCAGCGCAGCGGCGGCCGCCCAGCAGGGCGGCUACGAGAUCCCCGCACGGCUGCGCACCCUGCACAACCUGGUCAUCCAGUACGCCUCGCAGGGGCGCUACGAGGUCGCCGUGCCCCUCUGCAAGCAGGCCCUGGAGGACCUGGAGAAGACUUCUGGCCACGACCACCCAGACGUGGCCACCAUGCUCAACAUCCUGGCCUUGGUGUACAGAGACCAGAAUAAAUACAAAGAUGCAGCUAAUCUACUGAAUGAUGCCUUGGCCAUCCGUGAAAAAACUCUGGGCAAAGAUCAUCCUGCGGUGGCCGCAACUCUGAAUAACCUCGCAGUGCUUUACGGCAAAAGAGGAAAGUACAGAGAAGCUGAGCCGCUGUGUAAAAGAGCUCUGGAGAUCAGAGAAAAGGUUUUGGGAAAGGAUCACCCCGAUGUUGCCAAGCAGUUAAAUAACUUGGCCUUACUGUGCCAGAACCAGGGCAAGUACGAAGAAGUAGAAUAUUAUUAUCAAAGAGCCCUCGAGAUCUACCAAACAAAACUGGGGCCUGAUGACCCCAAUGUGGCCAAAACGAAAAACAACCUGGCAUCCUGCUAUCUGAAGCAAGGAAAAUUCAAGCAAGCAGAAACACUGUACAAAGAGAUUCUCACUCGCGCACAUGAAAGGGAGUUUGGUUCUGUAGAUGAUGAAAAUAAACCCAUUUGGAUGCAUGCUGAGGAAAGAGAAGAAUGCAAAGGAAAGCAAAAGGAUGGGACUUCUUUUGGAGAGUAUGGUGGCUGGUACAAAGCCUGCAAAGUUGACAGUCCAACUGUUACAACUACUUUAAAAAACCUUGGGGCACUUUACAGACGUCAAGGCAAAUUUGAAGCUGCAGAGACAUUGGAAGAAGCAGCCAUGAGGUCACGUAAACAGGGUCUUGACAAUGCUCACAAACAGAGAGUAGCUGAAGUGCUGAAUGACCCUGAGAACAUGGAGAAGCGGAGAAGCCGCGAGAGCCUCAGCGCGGAUGUGGUCAAGUACGAGAGCGGCCCUGACGGAGGGGAGGAAGUGAGUAUGAGCGUAGAGUGGAACGGGGAUGGCACUGGAUCUUUAAAACGCAGUGGUUCCUUUAGCAAACUCCGGGCUUCAAUUAGACGCAGCAGCGAGAAGCUGGUUAGGAAGCUGAAGGGAGGAGGUUCACGAGACAGUGAGCCAAAGGACCCUGGCAUGAAGCGUGCCAGUUCUCUGAAUGUCCUUAACGUGGGUGGCACGGUGGCCGAAGACCAUUUCCAAGAACGAAAUAAUUGUCUGGCAGACUCCAGAGCUCUGAGUGCCAGCCACGCCGACCUGGCCCCCACGGGUCGAGGCAGAGCUAGAUUAACCCCCAAGGCUAACGAGCGCUGAGACUCUCAAAGCUUGGCCAGGCCCCUCCCCCCUGCAGGGCGGCCCUGGGGUCGCCUCCUUUCCUGCAUGAUGACCUCCACCACCUGCUGGAGGUUUGCCCCGAAUUCUGUUAAGCGGUCUGCAGCCCUAGUGCCCAAGAGCCGCCAAAGCCCGACGGUGGGACCCGGCCAGGUGUGGAGCCGGCGCAGCGCGCUCGGGAUGGGCCGCUGCUCAUGGACACCGGCCCCAGCACCGAGAUCUGCUUUCAAUUGUAAUACUGUGUUAAGGCUGUUCAUUAAGACUGGAACCUUAAACUACAUCCUUUGAGAAUAGGAAUCCAGUGACCUGUGGCAGCGAUGCUGGGAUUAGGGAGCGGGGGAGACGGGGUAGCUGCAGGGAGGCCUUCGCCCCUCCUGGUCUGCAUCUCAGCGCCUUUGGAGCCCUUUCCCCCCUCCUGGCCUCUGUACACUAAGCACACGGAGAUGCAUGUUUUCCUUUUAAAAAGCUUUUCUUUGUAGCGUUAAGUAACACAGGGUGGGUUCUGACAGAUACAUUUUCUUUUGUUUCUUUUUUGUAAAUUUAUUUAUUUUGGCUGCGUUGGGUCUUCAUUGCCGCGCACGGGCUUUUCUCUAGUUGUGGCGAGCGGGGGCUUCUUAUUGCAGUGGCUUCUCUUGUUGCAGAGCACGGGCCCUAAGUGUGCAGGCUUCAGUAGUUGUGGCUCGCGGGCUCAGUAGCUGUGGCUCGCGGGCUCCAGAGCACAGGCUCAGUAGUUGUGACUCACGGGCUUAGUUGCUCCGCGGCAUGUGGGAUCUUCCCAGACCAGGGCUCGAACCCGUGUCCCCUGCACUGGCAGGUGGAUUCUUAACCACUGCGCCACUGGGGAAGUCCUGACAGAUACAUUUUCAAACCAACCCUGAGACGUUAUUCCUUAAGGGAAUCCGUGAGACGAGCUGGUAGGUUAAGAAGGUGUGAUUCCAGAUGACGCCAGCUGUACAAGGGGACAUCCCUGCUGAUGAGGUUUGAAAGAGGAUCUGGAAAGCUGUGAGCAUCCUUGUGAAAUGUUGUCAGGGUUAGUUUCUAGUUUACCUUAAUGUUAUGUGGGUGGUGUCACUGAGCAAAGGUGCUUCCAGCCACCUUUUCCUCAACAGUUGCACUGGGCUGGGGUGCUACAUGCUCCCUGUGGGGACUGGGGGGGGCUCACUGUGGGGUGCCCUUGGACUGCACGUGUCCUUCACCCCCAGUAUGGACCUCGGGCUGAGGGCUAGAGGCAGCAGCGUCCUGGGGUUUCGGUACAGCAAGGCUAGACUUUAAGCUUUGUUUAAAAGUUCCUAUAAUUCAGUAGUGGAUCACCUCAGGGCACCGGUGCUUGUGUUGGUGAGAGCUGCUGUGUCCCCUGAGAGGCAGGCACCCCAGCCCGGUGUUGGGGGCCCUUGAGGCUGACCAGUCUCCUGCAGCCUGUCUCCUCUGGCCUUUCCUCAGCUCCUGACUCCACUUAGGUUUUGCAGCUUCCAAUGGAUCAGGAACUUUCAAAAUGCUCUCUAGAGGUGUUUAAAAAAGUUUGAUGGGUUGUAAGAAACCACUGGAAAAAAGAGCAGAGCUGCGACCCCCCCGUAGGCACUGUGGCCCUUUCGGGUUCACGUUCAGGCGCAGUG